GAAUUGGGUUCGGGGCGGGUUCUGCUCCCAAAGCGUCUCCUCCAGCAGGCAGGAGGGUGAGGGCUCUCCUCCCCUCUGCGUCCGUUUCCUGAGGCUUGGGGCAGCGCUCUGCACCGGCCCGGUGCCCCUGUGGGCCAGCAUCCCAGGAGGAGCCCGCCGAGAAGGGGAGACCGUCCCUGUGCCUCUCCUGCAGCCCUGCCUCCGAGGGAGCCACACGACUGCCCGUCAGCCUCUCCUCUAAGGUGAGCGCCCUUGGAGGCUGGGACAAGCGUCUGGAAGGCGGAGGAGGCUUCAGCGGAAGGCGGUGAGGAACUGCAGCCUCCUGCCUCUGCCAGGUGAGGUGUGCAGGCUGGUGAGCCGAGCAAAGCCCGAAGAAUCAGGACCUGCAGGCUCGGAGAUGGCUGGGAACUGCUCCUGGGACGCCCACCCCACCACCAGGAACAAGAUGUGUCCCGGCGCCAGCGAGGCCCCGGAGCUCUACAGCCGCGGCUUCCUGACCACCGAGCAGACCACCGCGCUGCCGCCGCCUGUGCUCACCAACUACAUCUUCCUGCUCCUCUGCCUGUGCGGCCUGGUGGGCAACGGGCUGGUCCUCUGGUUUUUCGGUUUCUCCAUCAAGAGGAGUCCCUUCUCCAUCUACUUUCUGCACCUGGCCAGCGCCGAUGUCGGCUACCUCUUCAACAAGGCCGUGUUCUCCAUCCUGAACACAGGGGGCUUCCUGGGCCCGUUUGCCGACUAUGUCCGCGCCGUGUGCAGGUUCCUGGGGCUCCUCACGUUUGUCACCAGCGUGAGCCUCCUGCCGGCCGUCAGCUCGGAGCGCUGCCUGUCGGUCAUCUUCCCCACCUGGUACUGGCACCGUCGGCCCAAAUGCCUGUCGGCCGUGGUGUGCACCCUGCUCUGGACCCUGUCGCUCCUGGUCACCGGCAUCCACAACUACUUUUGUGUGUUCCUGGGCCGCCAGGCCUCCCGGCUGGCCUGCAGGCACAUGGACACCUUCCUGGGUAUCCUGCUUUUCCUGGUCUUCUGCCCGCUCAUGGUGCUGCCCUGCCUGGCGCUCAUCCUGCACGUGGAAUGCCGGGCCCGGCGGCGCCAGCGCUCCGCCAAGCUCAACCACAUCGUCCUGGCCAUGGUCUCGGUCUUCCUGGUGUCCUCCAUCUACUUGGGCAUUGACUGGUUCCUCUUCUGGGUCUUCCAGAUCCCGGCCCCCUUCCCCGAGUACGUCACCGACCUGUGCAUCUGUAUCAACUGCGGCGCCAAGCCCGUUGUCUACUUCCUGGCCGGGAGGGACAAGUCGCAGCGGCUCUGGGAGCCCCUCAGGGUGGUCUUCCAGCGGGCCCUGCGAGACGGCGCCGAGCUGGGAGAGCCCGGGGGCGGCACCCCCAACACGGUCACCAUGGAGAUGCAGCGCCCCUCCGGAAAUGCCUCCUGAGAGGCCAGCGCCUGGGGGCGAGGCAGGGGCCACAGGCGGCUGAGGGCCUCUGGAGGCUCUUUGCCAAGGGACAGGAGCUCAGCAGCCCCCUGGGGCCCGCACGCAGGGAGAAAAGCCUGCUUCCAGCCGUUCACGCCUCCUCCUCUGUGGCUGAGGCUCCACGGGGGGCCGAGAGACUGAGCAGACACCUGGAAACAGACCCUGUGGCCCUGCCAGGCCCCCUCAGCCAUGCUGCCCCUCCAGUGACCCACUGUACAGACGCCGACCCCGGUGGGGGGCCAGGUGUUGGGGCCCCUCCUCCACCCAGGCUGGGCAGGGAAGAAGGGUGUGCCCAGUCCUGUCUGCCUCCUGCCCCUCUGAUCAGCCCUCCUUGAAAGGGACACGGCCAGCAUGGCUGCCGAAGGGCCAGCAGCUUUGCCCCAGCAGAAGGGCACCUGGUCUUCAUGCUCCAUCCCCUCAAGGCACUGCGAGCACGCGGACCUGAACAAAACGGUGCUCCCCGGAGCAGGGCUUUCUGCAAACAGCAUCCCUGCCGGUGACGAAGCUUUUGGUGACUUUAAGGAGGGAGUAUCUGGCUGUGGAGAGCAGCUGGAGAUGGCCAAGGCGCUCAGCCAGUGCAGUAGGUCGCUCCGUCCCGAUUCCGUGCCAGCCCUCCCGACGCAGUCUCCAGAGCUCGCCAUGUGCCCCAGCUGCUCUGUGCCUGGGACUAGGGAUCCGGCAGACUGUCCGAGCCGUCUCUGGCUUCCAGCACCCCCCGAAAGUGGGGACUGGCUCUAGCUGGCCACCCUAGCCCACCUGCAAACACAGUGGCCAAACAGAAGUUUUAUGAGACAACAGAUGUAUAUCAAUAAACCUUUUGUAUCUUGCA